AUGGAGCAGGAUGGCAAUGUGCGCAGCGGCGAAGACAUCCUCGCCGCGCUACGUCAACUCCGCCGCGACCCGGCGCUGCAACAGCACCUGCUCCACAGUCCAGCGGGCCCCUCUGCCGCUGCUGAGAGAGCCGGAGCGGUGGUGUCAGCACGAGAGCAGAGCAGAGAAUCCCUCGUGGCGUUUCAGGCCCGCUGGAGCCGCGAGGAAGAAGAGCGGUUACAGCAGUCGCUGAAAGCGCAGCGGGCGUUUCAGCAGGCGAUGCAGUCAAUUGCGGCAUACAGCAGCCACAACGCUCCCAAUGCUGCUGAGGCUGCAGCCGCUGAACGUGAGCCACCGUCUAUAGAGCCCUCCGCUGGCCACGUGAAGGCGGGCGCCGCUCCGUUGAGCGUCAUGGAGGAGGUGGCAACGAUGCAGGAGAAGCUACAGCUUCGGGAUCGCACCAUCCAACGGCUGCAGAGGGACCUCGAUGAGACACGUGCCAUGUAUGAGGUGGAGAUUGCUCGCAUGCGAGAGGCACACGCACAGUCGAGCCGCGAGGCGGAGCGGGAGCUCGCAGAGAUGAAAGAGCUGCUGACACGCCUCACGCUUGCGCAGGGCUCGCGCGCCGACGCUCAGGCGGAGCCGAGUGGCUUUUUGGACGUGAUCGAGUUCAAGGAGCGAAUGCUGCAGGAGUUGCACGACGCCUUUGAGAAUGCGUCACAGGCGUGGAAGAGCGGCGCAGUGCGCACCGUGACGGGCAUGCGCGUGACGGCAGAACAGGAGAUUGGCGGCAUUGUCGCCCGCGCCGAGGCCCUUCUCCAGCAGCUGCAGGAAGGCCUCAGCAUGCUGGAGGCAAUGCCCCCUGUUGACGCCACCACCACGUCCCUCUCUGCGGCAGCGGCGGGGCGGCUGCUGCAGGAGGAAUCCGCGUUUAUGUCGUCGUACGAGGCCAAACUCCGCGAGCAGGUGCGCGCUGCCGUGAAGAGUGCGGUCCGCGCCCGCGUGAAGGACGUCGCUCGGCCGCUGGUGGAGCACGAGCUUGCCGAGCACCGCGAGCGAUACACGCAGCGGUGCGCGAGUCCAUCCAGUCCAUCCCCUGCAGUUGCAGCGGCAGAGGUGGCAGCCAGCGCGGCAAAGACAGCUGCUGCUGCAUCACCGCCUCCAUCAUCGUCGUCGUCGCCCGCGGUGGCGCGCUACGACGAGGCAAUGGCGCUCUUCCAGCAAGUUGCGGCACCGCGUCGUGAGCCGCGGACGCCCUCGCAGCGGCCCCGUGAGGUCUCUGCAGGCGGAGUUGCUGCUGCGCUGCUCGAGGAGUUGUCGAGUGGCGCUGCGGUACAGCACUGCAGCGGCUCCGAUGGCCCCGUCCGGCCGCCGUGGCUGGAUCGCUACUGCUACUAG